AUGUCGGUGUUCUCAGAAAUCGGACUCCACACCCUUCUACAAACGUCCAAAGAUGUCUACAUCAUCAUCUUACUUCGGAUGAUUAGGCUUAUCGGCUUCGGAGGCACCUCGCUUAUCAUUGUCCUCUACCUCAAGGAGAUUGGCUUCCGCGAAGAGUUCAUCGGCCUCUUUAUGACGCUUACCUUCCUUGGCGAUCUCGUCUCCAGCUUCUUGCUUGCCGUGACUGCCGACCAGAUCGGCAGAAAAAGGGUUCUCCUCUUCAGUGCCGUCUGUAUGACUCUCACUGGUCUCGUGUACGGACUUGUCGAGGACCAUUACGUACUCACUGCCGUCGCUGUUUUGGGGAUCCUAACCCCCAGUGGUGGUGAAGUUGGUGCUUUCAGGUCCAUUGAGCAAAGUUCGUUGGCCUCGUUGACUCUUCCCCAAGAUCGGUCCGAUAUCUAUGCCUGGUACACCUUUUUGGGCCAGUUCUGUUCGGCAAUUGGCUCGGUGGCUUGUGGCUCGUUGAUUUCAUACACCAACACUACCUUGGGCUACUCUAUUGUUGAAAGCUACAAAAUCGCUUUCUUAGGGUACACUAUCUUGAGCUUCAUCUCCUUCAUUUUAAUCAUGUGUAUCAGCAACAAGAUAGAGCCAAACGUGCCAAUUGCCCAUUCUUCUUCCCUGAAGAGGGGCACCAACUCCGAAGCUGCGGCUGGAACCUUGGAAGCCACUCCUGAAACCGAAACCACGCAAUUGUUACCUGCCUCUGCCGAGGUUUCGGAGCCUGUUUCCACCCUGGAGCAAAAAGGGUUUAUUUCCCAAUUUUUGCCAACACUUCAUCCUUCUACAUAUGUGCUCGUUGUCAAACUUUCCCUCUUGUUCGGGCUUGACUCUUUCGCUUCGUCGCUUGUCCCCAAUUCGUGGCAGUCAUAUUACAUCAGGGAAAAGUUCCAUGUCUCUCCGGCCACCCUUGGUUCCAUUUUCUUCACCACCACCAUCAUUGCCGGAGUGGCUUCUCUCCUCAGUACUUCGCUUACCAAGCGUCUUGGUGCUGUGGUUACUAUGGUCGGCACCCAUCUCCCAUCUUCGAUUGCGCUUGCCUUUAUCCCAAUUUCUCCAUCCCUUAAAAUCACCUUGUCCAUUUUAGUCAUCAGAGCUUGUACCCAAUCCAUGGAUGUUGCUCCCAAGCACGUCUUUCUUGCUGCUUUAGUCCCAGAUAGUGAGCGAACUGCAGUCUUUGGUUGGGUCAACGUUGUUAAAACUUUGGGUCAAGCCAUUGGACCCGUUUUCGUUGGGUUCUUGACCGGUGGUGGAAUGCAAUGGCUCACUUUCAUUGUCGCCAGUGCCCUAAAGUCCACUUAUGAUGUGGGUAUUCUUGUUACAUUCUUAAGCUACAACAGACAUGCCCAGCAUUGA